GCUCGGUUCAAAUGGUGUCAUCAACGUACAGUGAAGUGUCGAGAAUCUGAAUUCUUGCCUCCAAAACUCGUUGCUCGUUGCUAUAAACAGUGGCGUAGUAAAGCGUGAACUCGGUACAAAAUGCCGAAGAUAUUCCUCAUAAAGAAUAGGCUGCAUCAGCAGCAGCUCAGACUACUCGAGACUCAACACCUGAGCAAGAGUCCACCGCCGUCAUCGGGGAAGGAGAGUCCUUUAGGAGGAUCCGAACCCCUCAGCUUGAUCGUCAACAAACACCAAUAUCGUGACAGGUCGGAGGAUGACCGGGCAACUACCCCAGAAUCGCUGCGCAGCACAAGUCCGGCCGGGUCUCCACCGCCGCCUGCGUCAGGAAGACCGUCGACGCCUACGAACACCCUUCCUCGACGGUUUAUAUCCAGCAUACUCGGCGGCGAUGUGCCAUACGGGAGUCGAGGUCACGUGCUCACCCGGGCCGAGCGCAAGGAGUACAGCAACCCUCCGAUUGCCCCUGCCGAGCAGCUACCCACUGCCGAAAAAAUCACGCUCCCACGGGCUCAGACGCCCCCGAAAACACCGCGUGUCGAACCGCCGACGAGGGUCUCCGUCAUUCGGAGGGUCCCGCCGCAGGCGCAACCUCCGCGACGUGAGGAGACGAAUCUAGAGGUGCCGAGGACGCGGGAACCGGAACAAGAACAGCCGAUAGACUACGCGGUGCCGAAGCGGAAGGGCGAGGUCGAGGAAGAGCGUGGCAGAGACGGAGCGAAAGCCAGCUGGAUCGGGAACUCGAUCGCACGACCACUUUUGGCAAUGCGUUUGUCGAACGCCAGUCAGGUCGUCCAGGUUGUUCACGCGGCCGCCGGUCACGGGAGGAAUUCUUCCGGUACCGGAAACGGUUCGAGCGGCCAAAACUCCGGGUCAUCCGGGGGUGGGUCAUCCGGUGGUAGCGUAAGCUUCUCGGGUGGCGGCGGCGGCGGAAGUGGAGGCGGUGGCUCGUCCUUAGGGGGUGGUGGUGGCGCUGGUGGCGGAGUCGGUGGCGGCGCCGGAGGCGGCGGAAUGAACCCUGGAGGAAACGGGGGUCGCGGUAAUUACGGACCCAGCUCACCGCCGACCGGAUCUUUGCCGCCGUUUUACGAGUCCCUCAAGGGCGGCAACAACCUGGCCAAUUUUGCCAAUCAGUACAACGGCGGUGCCGGCAAUGCACAAGGAAACGGCUACCUCACACCGUCGCCGGCGGUAGGAAUGGAGUGCGAUACCGGACAGCAGGACCUCGGUGGACAAAACCAGUAUGGCGCACAAGAGGGAAAGCAGUACUCGUUGCUCCAGAAUGUGUGCGCCUCGUACGGACUGACCUUAAAGGAGGAGGAGGACCUCUCGGCGUACAAGCUUCAGCCCGGUGACCUUUUGUCCGGGCAGUACGGCGCCUACGACGUCACCGAUUCGGGGAUGGUGGUGGACAUGGUGACCGGAGCCGUGGUUGAUCCCCUCCAGUUCACGGCGACCCUGACCAACUUCACUUCGCCCUCGGAUCACACGGCCCUCCUCGAGAGCCUAAGCGAUGCGGCUGACCUAUUUUUGCCGAGGUUGCCAGCCGACGAGGGCGGCAACGACCUUCUGGACGACUCUCUUCACUCGCCACCCUCCGCUGGGAGCACGAUAGGCCAGGAUGGCCAGAUAUCGACCCCCGUCGAACCCAGCGUCGAUCCAUUUCCGGAGCACAAUAUCGCCCUCGCCAGGGGAUUCGACGCAUCCAGCGAUUCUCUGUUUUAUUGCAGGAACUACACCACGCCUCAGCACUUUAACAGCACCUCGAAGAUACAAUCCAGCCUCGCUUAUCCUCCCGGCGAAUCUAGCUAUCAACCUCUUCCCAAAGAACGUCCAGAGCUGGCUCUCCACAUAAACCAGCAACAGACGAACGAGCCCCAACUCCAGCAGCUACAGAUCCAGGUCCAACUUCAACAGCAGGGUGCUUCUUCAUCGCCCCAUCAGCACCAUCAUCAGAGUCUUCUCAGUCCUGGUCUCAGUUUCACCGGAAGCGGUCUUGAUCUCGACUCGGCCAGCAGUGCUGGUGGCAGUCUUCCGAGCCCCGGAGCCGCUAGUUGCUCCCUCGACACCGCCUCGGCCAGCGCAUCCUCGCCCAGCACCCUGAUGGACCAUGGCCAGGUACCCAGUCCGGCCAGCGUCACCGCCAGCGUGAGUGCAACUUCCGCAAUCUCCAAUUCCAAACAUACCUCCCCGGUCGGAGAUCCCCCGCUACCACAGCGCGUCAACGUCCUUCAGCAGCGGUUGGGACUUCCGGGCGAUGUACAGCUUGAAUUUGUAAACGGUGGACACGGCAUUAAAAAUCCAUUAGCAGUCGAAGGUCAACGGCAAGCUGCGGCGACUCGUGAAGAAGAAAAAACCGCGCGCCCAGCACCUGGCAAAGACGACGACCCGAACAGAUUCACCUGCCGCGUAUGCAGCAAAAACUUCAGUCUUCAGAGACUCCUGAACCGUCACAUGAAAUGUCACAGCGAUGUGAAACGCUACCUGUGCACAUUUUGCGGAAAGGGAUUCAACGACACCUUCGACCUUAAAAGGCACACCAGAACGCACACGGGCGUUCGACCUUACAAAUGCAAUCUUUGUGAGAAGAGCUUUACCCAGCGUUGUUCUUUAGAGAGUCACUGUCUCAAGGUCCACGGUGUUCAGCAUCAGUACGCCUACAAAGAACGCCGCACUAAGGUGUACGUCUGCGAGGAGUGCGGUCACACGACGCAAGAACCGGAAGUCCACUACCUUCAUCUGAAAGACAAGCACCCGUACAGUCCGGCUCUUCUGAAGUUCUACGACAAACGUCACUUCAAAUUCACAAAUAGCAACUUCGCAAACAUGCUGCUUCAAGUUCGCACGUAAAUCCAAGUCUGAGGAAUCAGAGAGGUGAGAAUAGAGAAGGCAGAGAAGGGGGGGAAAUGAAGAAAAAUUAGGGGGGAGUGAGGUGGAGGUGCGGCCCGAUGGCUGGCAGAAUUUUGAAAAUCUGAAAAUCGACCAGUUCUGUGAAUCACGGUCGUUUCUGGGUUUUCAAAAAGCGCAAGGCCAUCGUUGGGACACUAUAUAAUGACCUGAGUCUAACGCCGGCAUAUUUCACGGCCGCGUUUUGAGGGAAAGGAGUGAGUAAUAUGCAAACACCGUGUUUCUUAUUUUCUAUCUCUCGAUGCGGGGCGUGAAAUGGGCAGGUAGUAGGCCUUUUAUUUAAUUUUAAGGUAACUUUUAGCGGCAGUAUUUAACUUUAAUUAUAAUUAAUGAUUAUUCAGGACUAUCGUAAGUUAACCGUAUAUGGAAUUACGACAACGGCAUAGCUGGAGAGCCUGUAAACUCGGAUUCAACGUUUCAGGAAUGCUUUUUCACAUUUAUUUUAAUUUUUUUAAUAUUAUUCUACAAUAUGCAAACGAACUGAUAAAGAGACUUUUGAACGAGACUCGAUGUGAUUUUGGAAAGUUACGUUGCUUUCCGACUUGACGGGCGAGGGGCAAAAGAUCCGCGACUCUCGUCUCCAGGAAUUGGUGUAAAGGAGAGACUAUCACGAUGAUUUCCUCGUUCCGUGAAGUAAUUACGACGUCGCAGAUCUUUUGCAGUACCGCGUAUAUAAUAAUUCGCCGUAGCUAUUGCAUCUUAGAAGACUUUAUUGUAGAGUUCAGGCAUGAAUUGCAGCAGCUGUAAACAAUUUUUUUAAUUUAAGUUUAUCAUCGUCUAUAAUAAUAAGCCCAAUAACACAGUUUCGUUCGUCCUCAUCCAAAACUCUCAUUGGAAAUUAUUUAUCACUAGUAUGUUCGUGUAAUUUGACAUUGAUUUGACGAU